AUGCUCUUCCCCUUUAUCGGCCUCGUGAUCACCCUCUCCUUAUGGAGUACUAUCCUUAAUCUCCAGCCCAACGACCCUCGAGAAGACUACGUUCGACGUCUGACCAGCACCGUUGGCAUAACAGCAGUCAUUACGGGAUGCCUUGACCUGACAAAUGGUAUUAUCAAUGCCUAUGGCCCUGGAAAAGGUAGCGAUGAGAUUACUUGGAUGUAUGAUCUUGUGAACAGCGGAGAUCUUCAUGCUACGGCGACGAGCACGGUCAACAUACCCUCGAAAACAGCAAAAUCAGACUCGAGCAGAGUUGCAGGGCCCUUGCCUCUAUCUACACGCGCGCAACUCAUCAUUGUUGGAAGUGUGCUAGUCAUAUCCUUUCUUCCUCGAAAAAAUAUCAUCUCUAUGGAUGAUUCUACGCUGGAAGAACAUCACGCAGAAUCCGAUCAAUCUUCACUUGAGAUGCUGUACCUCUCACCCGAGGCUGAACCAUCCCUUUAUGAGCAGAUAGACUCCCUACUCUCCAGUUCGCUUCAACUCGAUUCCGGUAGUUCUGAGGCAUCCACGAAACCGAGUCAAACCCCUGAUUCUUUGGACUCUGUGUCUCAGGCUACUUCUUCAACAGUGAGCUCAGUCAUAAACUCUCCGACUACGUCUAGAUCUACGACCCCUGCGUCUUCUAGCUUCACCACACCUAAUUGCAGCACACCACCCUCUCCCAUCGAUUACAAUCAUCGAUUUGUUUCUCAAACGGUCAUGCCGUACUAUGCUAGUGAUAAUGAUCUCAACUAUGUCGAAGCCGAUGUUGUCUUUCAUCAUCAAUUCGAGUUACAAGCCAACCACGAUAAGGACAAAACUAGCCAGGGAGGCCCUAUAUCCGAUAAAAUUACCCCAACGCCUAAAGUCACCACUUCGCAGCUUGAACAGCCAUCGACUCUCGAGCAGAACUCUGCCACGACUACUCCAAAGAAGCGCCGACAUCCUCGACCCAGCCAGGCUAAGAGACGCCGUUUUGCAAGGCGGAAUGAGCAGGCUUUUAGACUGUCAGCAUCGGGUCAGGAUGAUCAGGUCAGCUAA